GAAAGGAAGGAACUAAAAAGAGUAAAAGCUCCAACAUUAAAAUUUAAAAAACUGCUGCUACUCACUAUUUAACUCCUCUCUGGAGAUGAAUGAGCUCAUCGUCAUCUUUAACGAUACACAACUUAACUUAACUUAUUAAACUACUCCGGUUUAACUCUGUGGUAGCGAGUAAAGUAAUCAAAUUUAAUAAGUCUCUUGUUAAAGUUGACGUACGUUUUGUAUUCUACUGUCCAGGACGACGAGAGGCUCAACGGCGGAACCUGCUGAGAGAGAAAAACACAAAUUAUUUUACGCAACGGAAAACAUAAAUGUUCAAUAAUUUAAUUAUUCCAUUAUUAAAUUGAAACUUAGUGCGAAAAGAGAGAUUAAAACUUUAACUAAAGUAAGAGUGAGGAGUUGAGUAAUUGUGGAGAAGAAAGUUGUGUUUUAUGUUGGCUACUUUUCCGGAUCGAUAAGAGAGGAAACGCAGCCAUUUAUUAAGAACUCUAUAAAAACAGUUCAUAAUUAAUUGUCAAACUUAAUUAUCUCAUUUUCCAAACGUAAUUCUUAGAGAAAUAUAAGAUUCGCUGGCCGAAAUGUCCCCAACGAGAAAUGCCAUACUAUUCUAAAGAUCAAUUCCCACUCUACAUUUCAUCCUUGCCUCGAGACGACCCUGCCGCUGCCUCCGAGGGGGACGAGGUCGACGACUCUGACGACGCUGCCCCUGUCGCCGAAAUCUCCUCCCCCAAUCGCCCCUCCUCCUCCAUCUCGCCGAGUGGAGGAAUCGGUAUCACAGAUUCAGUAGACUCCUCCUCACCCUCCUCUCCCUGUCCAAUGUCCACCUCGACGACAACAUCAGCCGGUGGUGACGAGGAGAUGGUAACCCUUCCCACCUCACAAACGCCUCUUUCCUCACAAGUCGAAAAUAAUCACAACGUUUCUUCCCCCCCACAAACACAAGUCAUUAAUAACCUCGUAGAAAAUUCGCCUUCCACUUCGACCACCAUGUCCGCCGGGGACACGGGGGACGACACGUCAACAACCACAAUGAACACGAGAGAUGAUUCGGGCGCUUCUUCGCCCACGCAUGAUCACAACGGCGACGACAGAGCGGUCACAAUGGAUUUAAUUUCGGAUUCUAAUCAGAAUGAGGAUAUCUCAUUUCCCGAAGUCGAAAUGGCGCGGUUGGAUGAAAUGAUUUCGAAUCCGCGAUGGGUCGUGCCAGUCCUUCCUGGAAGUCAGUUGGAAAUCUUGUUGGAGGCCGCGAUUUCACUGGCGCGCAGGGACAAUGCAGAUUUGAGGUGUGAACCGUGCCAGAAAUUUAUUCGGGACGGGUUGACCAUUUCGUUCAACAAGAUUUUAACGGAUGACGCCGUCUCAUCGUGGAAGCCGGAUAUUCACAAGUGCAUUUUACGCAACUCUGAACGACUAGUGGAUUUGAUUGUGUUAAAGUUAGACCAGGACUGCGUUCCCUUGCUCGACCUUUUGGCCGUCCUAUUCAAUCCGGGCAACAAAUUUCAUUCGUACAACAGCUCCAGACAACCGGAAAGUUAUGCCGGGCCGGAUUGUAUCGGAGAGGAUGAGUUGUACGCUAGACCGCCAGAGAUGAGGAUGGUCAAAGGUUGGCUGGUGGAUCUGAUCAACCGUUUCGGGAGUGCAGGUGGGUUUGAAAAACUGUCGGCUAGAUUCACCUCGCUAGCAGGGCUGUCUGUUCCGAUCGCCUUUGCCUACAUCCGACCCUUUGGUUGCUGCGCCGACUUCCUUACUCGCCAUACAGUUGAGACCUGGCUUGCACCGAUCCUGGUCGCGAUCCCCGCCUUUCUCGAGCAGCUGACGGACGAGGAGUUGAAGAAGGAGACGGCCCGGUCCGACAUGAUCUCCUCCAUCAUCAAGUGUCUCAAAUCCCUCCAGCUCGUGAGGACCAACGACACGGAGGACGGGAUGAGAAACUUGGAGAUAUUCAGACUGAAAAUGAUACUGAGAAUGUUAAAGAUUUCCUCAUUCAACGGGAAGAUGAACGCGUUGAACGAGAUAAACCAAGUGAUUCAGAACGUGACGUCCCACUACGCUUCGCACCAGUACCGCCUCGACGACGUAGAGUACUUGUCAGCCAAGCGGAUCGCGGAAUGGCUCGGUGAGAAUUCUGUCCUUCAAAUCGUCCUCAGGGACUCUCUCCACCAGCCACAGUAUGUCGAAAAGCUGGAAAAAAUCCUGCGCUUCAUCAUCAAAGAAAGGAGUCUCACCCUCAAAGACCUCGACGAUAUUUGGGCCGCACAGGUGGGGAAGCACGAGGCGAUCGUGAAGAACGUGCACGACCUCUUGGCAAAGUUGGCGUGGGACUUUUCGCCUGACCAGCUCGACCACCUCUUUGAGUGUUUCCAGUCCUCGUGGACAAAUGCGAACAACCGACAACGGGAGAAAUUGCUUGAGCUGAUCCGCCGCCUGGCUGAGGAUGACAAAGACGGUGUGAUGGCCUUCAAAGUUCUCACCCUCUUUUGGAACCUCGCCCAUUCGAACGAAGUCCCCACAGAAAUCAUGGAUCAGGCACUCUCCGCCCACGUCAAAGUCCUCGACUACUCAUGCUCACAGCAGCGGGACAAUCACAAGUUGCAGUGGUUGAACAAAAGUAUUGACCAGUUGGUAAAUGACGACGUGAUAUGGGUCCUCCCAGCCAUGAAGCACAUUCGCGAGAUCUUCCUUCUCUACCCAGAAGGCGUCAAUAAGAAUCCCCCCGCCGUUUACCGCCACAACGUCGUCAACAAGAUGCAAACCGACCGCCAGCUCAUUGUCAAAGUUUGUGACUCUCUAAACUCGUAUAUGGACAAAGUUAGAGCGUAUGUAAAAGAAAAAGGUCCGAUGGAUCCGGGAGUGUUGAAGCUGGACGGAAGAUACUCACAUCUUGACCAGAUCCGAGAAAGGCUCAACUUUUUUAGGUUCCUUUUAAAGGAGGGUCAGCUCUGGUUAUGCGAGGACCAGGCGAACCUGAUUUGGACGUGUUUAGCAGAAACGCCUGCAUACCCCUCCGACCGAGAGAUGUGCUUCGAGUGGUUUUCUAAGCUUAUGGGGGACGAUCCUGACCUCGACCCUAACGUCACCCUCCCGUUCUUCGAAGGCAAAAUCCUCACCUUUGAUGCCACACUACUCACUGAAAACGGUCUCGAGUGUUUCGAGAGGUUCUUCCGAGCCGUGAAUGUCAGUCAAAAGAAAUUACUGGUCAAGAGGGAGGACGUCGUGAUGGAUGAUUUGGAGCUGAUUGGGACAGACUACAUUUGGCGUGUAAUUCUUCACGCGGGUGAGGACAUUGCAAAUCGAGCGAUCGCCUUCCUGCGCUCAAUCUUCACGGCACUAGGUCCAAAACUGAUCCCGUCGCAGGCCGAGGUUCACGAGGACUUUCUCUCCUGCUGCAUGGACCGCUUAAAGGCCUCAUAUGACACCAUGAGGGUCAUGGAGAAGGACAAGGACUCGACAAACAGGGUACGUCAAGAGGUCACCCGCGCCUGCCGUGUCCUUCGCGUCCUGCACGAGUACAUUGUUGAGUGCGACUCUGACUACGGCGAGGAGAGAGCCUUCGUUCCACUUUACAGGGCUGCGCGAGGGAAGAAUUUGACCAUUUUUAUCCGCUUUCCAGCUCCAGGAAGUCGUAAUUUUGACGAUUUAGAAAUUAGUACGCAUGCGACAGAGACUCCGUUGGGGUUAAGGAGACAGAUGACUCGCCAGUUGCGAGAAUAUGCCCAGUUGACGACCUCUUUCAAAUUAGAGGUUUACUACAAUGGGGAGAACGUGGACUUGUCGGAUGAUCGAAGGACAGUACAACAGUUUGGAUUGAGGGACAAAAUGAUAAUGCAAGUGAAGAUAACCCAAAACAAUGUGACAAACUCUCCCGACUCUUCCGAAGAGAGUUCCGGUGGUUCGCCGUCGCACUUUAACACGUCCGGCGGUGGUGGUCUGGACGGGCCGAACGUUGAUCUGGAGGAAAUCCUCCCCUCAGUGAUGAUCUCCAAAAACGCAACUCGAAUGGAGUUCCUCUGCCAGUUGUCCGCCCUGGGAGCGUCCAUUGGAGAGGAUCGCCUCCGCGAAGGGGCGCGCCUUCUUCUUUCCGCCCUUCCGCGCUGCCGCCACACUGAAAAAUCCCUUCGUGAGGCAUUUUCUUUCUCCCCGCUCGCGAAACCCGCACCGUACAACCUUCUCUUUAACCACACCGACCCCGCCGUCGUCCUCUACCGUUUGGAAGUUCUAUACACCAUGCUCUUUCCCAGUUUAACCGGAACUGUCGGCGUAGAAGUCGCGUGGGAACUUUUAAACAACUUUUUCAUAUCCGGAGGCGCCCUCAGUGUUGUUGAAAUGCUGACGAAAAACAAUUUCAUGCCGCUAGCAGACAUCAGUACGAAGCGAAGCGCGUAUCUCGCCGUGCUUCGUUUGACCAAGGCGGUGCUCACAGUGACGAGUUUGCUGGUACUGAAGGUGGAGGUGGACGGGUGUGGUCAGGGUCAGCUGCUGAGUGAGAGAGGCAGAAUUUUGGGCGAGGCGAUGAAGCACAUUCCCAACGCGCACGCAGAAGGGGCACUAAGAACCAUGGCAGAACAUGUGGCCAAGUCGUUGCACUGUUACGUGAAAGGGGGUGGAAUCGGGGAAGGUGGAGGUGGUGCGUUGAGGGGGAUGUUGAGCGCAGCAUUGGAGAGAAGUUUACCAGAUGCAGAGACGAUCCGUUUGUUGAUGAAGUUGGCUGGAGCGACAGCGAGUGGAAGUUUGGCUUAUUUUAGCAGUGAUGGGCAUCAAGCGAAUAGGGAGCCUUUUGAAGAAGAUGUCUUUGUAUGUGAGGAAGCGUUGGAGACCUUAACGUUGUCCUUUAUCUUGAAUCCUAUGGCGUUGGAACAAUUGGUGUCGGACCCGAACCAGAUGAAUGGUUUUAUCCGCCAAGUGCUGUUCUAUACGCAGGGACGCACCAUCCGCUUCACGGCGAACGAGCAGUUUUGUCUGAUGGCGACCAAGGCUACUGGGAAGGCGAGCGUAACGACGUUCUUCAUCAUGGUUCUCUUUGAUAUUCUUCAAACCUCGGCGCGGGAGGUUCCUCACCAGAGCAGAGACGCUUUUCACCUACUUUGCAAUCUCCUCCGCUACGCUGCCAACUUUAACAUCCCGCUCGAUAAGCAUGAGCAGUUCUUGGCGGAUCAAAUCCAGUGGUUGCGCCAGGUCAAGGAAUAUGUAAAGACGAAUUGUGAAGGGUGCGUGCAAGAGGAUCUGUUAGAAGGUCACAUAUCCCUAGCUCGCGACCUGACGGCCUUUCUCAGCCCAGCCAAAAAGUUUGAGUUGGGAUCUGCCCCUUCCUGCGACCCGUCGAGGGGUCCUCUCAUCACUGAAAUUUUGCAUGAGUUUGUCUUCCCGUGGAGUCGGGCAUACUCGGCGAUGAAGAGGUCAGGUGAAGUGAGGGUGGACUCUGCCUCGUCACCCGUCCAGAUCUGCACCACGCCCACGACGCAGAAUUGUGUGCUGGAACUAGUCAUGUCCCUCUGCACGGGCUCCUACCCAAACAUGAAAUUGACCGUGGACCUCCUCACUGACCUCUUUUCCUACGGGGGAGAAGGUGGCAGCAGCACUGACGGCGCCUUAACCGAUUGGGAGUACAUACCUCUCGUCGGAAAUAGACCGCCUGGUGGCUUCGUCGGACUCAAGAACGCGGGUGCCACAUGUUACAUGAACUCGGUGCUGCAACAACUCUUCAUGGUGGACAGUAUUAAGAGGGGGCUUCUGGGGGUGGAGGUGGAUGCUGAGGAUGGUGCCGUGCUGUCAGAGGCAGGCGAUGAGUUAGCGAACAACAAGGACUCGGAGGCGACGGUGGACUCUGGAACAGCCGAGGAGGAGAGAAAGACUUACAAUGUGUGCAUUUUGAAACAGCUGCAAAAUAUUUUCGGUCACUUGGCCCUCUCAAAAUUGCAGUAUCACGUCCCCAGCGGGUUGUGGAAACAUUUCCGUCUUCAAGGCGAAGCAGUGAAUCCUCGUGAGCAACAGGACGCGGUCGAGUUUUUCAUGUCACUCGUGGAAUCAGUGGACGACGGGCUGAAGGCGCAGGGAGAGGAACAGAUCAUGUCGAAACAUUUGGGUGGGUUAUUCUCAGACCAAAAGAUUUGCAAAGAGUGUCCUCACCGCUAUUCGAAAGAGGAACCUUUCUGCGUCAUCUCAGUCGACAUCCGAAACCACUCCAACCUCCCAAAUUCGCUGGAACAGUACGUGAAAGGGGAGCUUCUCGAGGGGGCGGAUGCUUACCAUUGCGAACGAUGCAAUAAGAAGGUCGUCACAGUUAAAAGGUUGUGUGUCAAGAGGUUGCCGCCCGUACUGGCCAUUCAGUUGAAGAGAUUCGAAUAUGACUACGAGCGUGUGUGCCCGAUCAAGUUUAAUGAUUAUUUCGAGUUUCCGCGUGAGUUGGACAUGGAGCCGUACACGGUGGCAGGACUGGCCAAGAUUGAGGGGGAGCUGGUUGACGCGGAAGAGAAUAUCGGAGGAGCCCUAACGACCAAGUACAGACUGACCGGCGUUGUGGUUCAUUCUGGCCAAGCGUCCGGGGGACAUUACUACUCGUAUAUUUCGUACAGAUGUAGCGACGGUUUAUGGCGAUGGUACAAAUUUGACGAUGGGGACGUCACCGAGUGUCGGAUGGAUGACGACGAAGAAUUGAAGAAUCAAUGUUUCGGGGGAGACUAUUCCGGAGAGGUUUUCGACCACAUGAUUAAAAGGAUGAGCUUCCGUCGCCAAAAACGAUGGUGGAACGCUUAUAUUUUAUUUUACACAAAGAUCGACGUGUUGGAAAGUUUGGGGACGAAAUUUACGUCCAUGUCGUUGUUGGAGAGUCGGCUAAAAAUCCCUGCCCCUAUCGAACGGAGCGUGCUGCGUCAAAACGUUGAGUUCAUGCACAUUCGCUCCCACUUUUCGUCAGAGUACUUCCAAUUCAUUCGAAGAUUAGUCAGCUGCAACCACUUCUCUGUCGCUGGGCUGGAUGUCGGACAGACGGCGACUGAAGACGUUGAGCGAUUGUCGUUGCUGAGUAUCCAGAUGGCGUCAUAUUUUCUCUUUAACGUUGGUUUCCGAACGAAGAAGAAUCUGCGUGGGGUUGCGAACGAGUGGUUCGACAUUAUGAUGCCUUACCUCAAGGUGUCAAAGGUCGUCAGAUUCUGGUUCGCGACACACGCCCUGUUCAGAGAUCCCUGCAGGAUUGCCGAGUACCUUUUGGAGUGUCCAAGUUCAGAUGUGCGCGCCACCUUUUCAAAAUUGCUCAUCGCCGUCGCUCAUUUCUCAAAGAAUGAUGGCGUCUAUGUGCCUAUGGUGCCCAUUGCGAGUCACACGCGGACGACGAACAAGCAUUUGUGGGAGUAUAUCCUGGACGGAGUGCUAAACUUGCUGAGGCGUGACGUGUCCGAAUAUGGGCGUCAUUUGGCCCAGUAUUUCGGCUUCUUUGUGAACUAUAUCAAUCUGGGAGACAUGGAGAAGAGACAUUUGGUCGAGCGCGACGUGCCUGCGACCUUUAUCAAUCUGGCCUUGGACGACGGUCCCGCUCCUCCAAUCAAAUACCAAUGUGCUGACCUAUCGAAACUGUACCAAUGCGUGGGCCUUCUCGUCCGCUCUUGCGAUGUUUCUCACCGCUGCAAGAGUGCGGUUCCCGAGGGGGAGGAAGGACCUGGUCCAAAUCCUUUCCAACUCUACCCCGCGACUCCAGACUCCCCUGUCCCAAUUCUCCAGCAGAAUGUGGCCGACCUUCUCUACGGCAGAGGUCCUUACAACUGUUCGCCUUACAUCAAGAAGAUUGUGGACGACGCUUACGGAGCAGAGGACACGGUUCAACUCCUCCAGUUUCUCUCGUGGGAAAACCCCACGUUUUCACAGAACGCUCUGUCUGAAAUUCUAGGUCGAAUUUGCUACUCGUACACGACCGAGUUGAAAACCUUCCUCGAGAUUUUGAUCAGUUUACUGAGAAUUGGAGACUCGUGGCAGUUGCAACGGAUCAGCAACGCCCUCAAAGGACUUCCUGACGAUAAGGACAAAGGGCUGAUUGACAUAAUCGACCGGAACAAGACGGCUCACCCCAAGAAGGCCUACCUUUUCAUCAAAUGCAUCACUGGGAUGAUGGAGCGUGGCAGUCUAGGUCAUAAAGUACUGCAAUCGUCACCAGAGUUAAGUCGGAAAUGGAACUCAGCCGUGGACUGGCUGCACCACGAAUUGGACCGACGAGGGACGGGGAGCUCGAGCUAUGGCUACUCCACAACGUCCUGGUCACCCCCAUCGAAUGAAUCCUCCAACGGAUCAUUCUUCCUCGAGAGAUCACUCUCAGCCAAAACCACGCUCGAAAAGGCGGUCGACCUCAGAAUCGAUCCAGAACAGCAGGAAGAGAACGAUGCAGAAAUAUCGUCCGAGGGCGAAGAGGACGGCGAGAAGGUGACCAAGGACGCCUUACCCACAGAGGAGGAAGACGAAGACGAGGACACAGGCCCCACCACAGUCAACGACCAUCACCAUAUCCCCGAAACAUUGGACGCGAUGAACAAUCCCGGCCCAUCUCGUUCCUCAUCCUACUUCAGCCAAAAGGAUUUGCGAGAGGGUCGAAGAUCCCCGGCAACCACGACCGGUGUAAAUCACUGGGGUCCCUCUGGCCUGUGUAAUGAACACGUCACAGUGACGACGGCCGAUUUGGAAUCGAGACCUCCGACCGAGUGGGAUCUGAAUAAUUCGGGAGAAGGUGGAGUGACAACGACAACAACACGUACAAGCGAAGAGAGCGGUAUGAUCAGUCCCGACCAACUGCGCUCCAUCCUGAUGAACCAGAAGAGAAAGAACGCAACGACGGGGGACAGCGUGGUGCCAGAUAUUGACGGUGACGUUCCCGGACACGAUGAAGAGAGGCCUGGAACGAGUGGAUGUGGCGGAAUGAACAGAAAUUAAAAAUACGACGAUUUAGUUUUUCAAAGUCAGAUUCGAUUUUGUGAUUUAUUUUUUAAGAAUUUUGUCUUCUGAAUUUCUGGGGGAAGAUUUUAUAACGUUGUGUAACAUUGUGGUUUAAAUUUCCAUAUGGGGUUAUUAAGAAAGGGACGACCAAUUUGUCUAAUUAAGUAGGGAUUUAAUUAAUAUUUGUUAAUUAAUCGUGGUGGAGAAUGCUCCCUCCUCCACGCACGUCGUCUGUCUCCUCGUGUCGAAUUUGUAUUUUCUUACUCUCGAAUUCUCCUCUUCUCUCUAUUGAAAAUUUAUAGUGAAAUGUCUUCUCGUGUGGAUGUGCGUGUGUACGAGUGUAUUUAAAUUUAACUGUAAAUUAUUUAUAAGGCCGAGGGUACAAUAUGUAUGCUUAUUAGUGUACAACUAACACGUGUAAAUUCUGAGUAGAGUUAUAUAAAUAAGGUGCUUUAAAUAUUAGGGGAGGUUUAUUUUCCAUUAGACAUGUAAGAAAUUGAUGAAAUUGUCGCACGUGUAGCUCGCAUGAGUAUUAAUUAUACUUUGUAAAAUAUGUGUUGUUGAUAUUUUGGCUUUGUUUUUUGCGUAAACUUCGUUUCAGAGAUGCGAGGAGAAUUAAUUAUGCUAUUGUAAAUUAAAUAUGUCAUGAUUAGUUACUACAUUUAUCUGUAAUAGUGCUCAUUCCUCCUACGGUAUUUACAAGCGCCGUCGCAAAUCGCAUAAGCUAUUUAUUAUUAUUGUUAAAUACAAAGUUUUACGUGGGGUGAAUGUGCGUCCCAAUUUAAUAAAUGUGCUCGUGGCUAAUUUAACCCUAAUUUUAUCGAAAACUCUACGAUUUCCUCUAGUUUUCCUGGAAUACGAACUGAACUUUUUGGUGAUCGCUAUUUAAAUAUUAAUUAAAUUGUCGCAUUCUUGCAUUAUUUUAAUGUGAUGUUGUGGAUUUUAUGGGGAAGUUACAGAAAGCGUACUUUUUUCCAAAGGCGUAUUAUUAUCGAUCAUGCAAUGGUUUUUAAUUGUUUAAAAGUUUGCAUGCAGUUUUGCGGGGGGAAUUUAUGAAAAUCGUUUUUAGGAAUAAUUUUGUUAAUGAAUUUUGCCAAUUUUUUGCGAUACGUGGUGGGAGAGAAAUCUUACGCGUUGUUAAAUGUAGCUUAAUAAGAUUUUAACUUAACUAUGUACUGCUACACAUUUGUGUUAAAUACUUACGGAUAAGGAAGCUGCUGUAUACUGAUAUUCUUUAGGUGGAUGAAGAUGCAAUAUUUAUUGGAGAGAAAGUAAUAAUUAUGCUAAUUAAUUAAGAAGAUUGUUUUAUUGCUGUGUCGGAAAUGAAUUGAGUGUAACGCGCAAAACAAUUUGUACCAACGAAUGGGAGAGCGAAUGUGCUGCAUAAUAAUUAUUUUUAAUUAAGAGUUAACUACAAUUUAUUAACGUAAUUAAUUAAUUAGUACGGGCACACACUCCUCCUCCUGCUACUUAUUGUGUAAUAGUUAAGUCUAACACGAUGCUGCUGCCGUGCCAGCCAGCGGACAAUGCAACUGACUGAUUGAAUAAAUACGAUGAUGAUAAUGCGAUGAAAUAGAUAAAUAAAAAGAGAAAUCGUGAGCUGUUUUUGAAA